AUGAGUCACCAAUUGCCCACAUUUGAUCAGCUGCCACCGGUUGAGGGCAUGCCCCAGGGCUGUGCAUGGGGUAUCUUCGAUAAAGAUGGGCAGAAAGACGUUUUUGGGACGCUCAACCUAUUGACACCAGAGGUAAUCAAGGCCGCAACCGCAGAGGUUCGAAGGGGAGUUUCUGUCUCUCUCAACUGGCCCCUCGGGAGUAUCAAGAAUCCUAAUUUCUUUCGCAAGAGCCUUGCUCACAAUGUGAUGAAGUUGGAGGAUGUUGAGGACGGGUCGCAUUAUGGAUUCGACGAGGAGAUUGAGUUCAAUACUCAAGCAAGCAGCCAGUGGGAUAGUUUAUGCCACUUUUUACAUAUUCCUACGGGAAUGGCAUACAAUGGAGUGAAACCCACCGUUGCUGGGCUACAGAAUCCAACCACUGCGACCGUAAACCUCCCUACUCUUGACAAAUGGCACGACCGAGGUUGUAUCGUCGGCCGCGGCGUUUUAAUCGACUAUAAAUCCUACGCCGACCACCAUGACAUCCAAUACUCCCCCUUCAGCGGGCACCGCAUCAGCACCUCCGACAUAGAGGCCGUAGCCGCAUGGCAAGGCACAAAGUUCCAACCCGGUGACAUUCUCAUCGUUCGCUUCGGGGUGACUGAGGAAAUCGGCAAAAUGACCGCCGAACAACAAGCCACCGCGAUGUCUACUCACCAUGCAUGCGGACUGGAAGGCACCGAAGAGAUGGCCAGGUGGAUAUGGAACAAGCAUUUCGCAGCGGUGGCCAGUGAUAAUGUUGCUGUAGAAGCCAUGCCUCCGAUGCGCGAUGGUAAGGAGCAACCAUUGACUCAACUGGUCUUGCAUCAAUGGUGUCUGAGUAUGUUUGGUCUGCCGCUGGGUGAGCUGUGGCAUCUCAAAGAACUGGCGGAGCGGUGCGAGGCUGAGCAAAAAUGGACGUUUUUGUUGACUUCGGCUCCUUUGAACGUGCCAGGGGCAGUGGGUAGCCCAGCCAAUGCGCUGGCCAUUCUUUGA